UCGAACAAGUCCGUCUGUCGAGCAAGUAAACAAAAUAAAUUAUAAUAAGAGCCCAAGACCAGUAACCAGCGCUCAAUUUACCUUCCUCUUCUAUCUCCAUCCAAUCUCCAUCCUCCAGCAUCACUACUCAGUGCUCGUGUGUGUAAUUACUCUAAAUCAUAAAUUAUUAUUUUCUCCUCUCACCUCAAUUCCCUUCUUAAAAAUAACUCAUCAUUUUUCGACAUUUAAAUUUUUAAAAGUCUAUCAGUGUCGUAUUUAAAAAAAGUGGUGUUUAAAUUUAAUUUAAAUUUAUUUACUUUUUCAUUCGAAGUUUUUAUUGCAAUUAAACAUAAAUACAAGCAAGUGUGUUUCUGCGUCCGUGUUUAAAAUGUGUGCUACAUUACAACAUCGUGGCCAGUAUUCGCACGGUCAAAACAUUGCAGUGUAAAAAUUAAUAAAAAAAAAAUAAUGUACACAUGCUGAGACAAUGUUUAUCACCAAGUGUACUGUGAACGUCUAAUCACUUUCCAUUUCUUGGAUUUAAAUAACUCGAACAGUAAUCGAUUAUUUUUUCACUCAAGCAAGACCUUCUUCAACCUCUUGCUCGUCAACUGCAAAAAAAAAAAAUACAAUUAUUUUUUCAUGUGAUUGUGAUGAAACUUUGUACACAUGACCCACUCGUAAAUUUCGACACCGAUCAUCAUGCACUUGGAGUAGUAGCCGCUCAAUUGCAGACCCAUACAUUUUUUAAAUUAUCAAUUAACUUGUAAUUGUACCUAACCAAAGGAUAAUCAUUAGGAUCGUUACUUAUGAUGACAACAAAAAUGCCAGGCUUCACCAGCGGACGUCGCGGAUGGAAGAGGAACGCGCGUCGAGGCGAGCCCGAUCGGUCGUUUUUCGUUGCCGACGGCGAGCAAGAUAAUGGUCGCCUCGACGCACAAUCACAGUGAACUAACUCUGAAUCAACAGCAACAACAAUUUCACUAUCAAGAUAAACAUCUCAGUUAUUACACAAACAACAACAACAAUAAUAAUAAUAAUAUUAAUAACUACAGUAAUUAUCAUCAAAGCCCCGUGUGCCGAAGUAGUCAAUCGGCUCAAGAUAAACGCAGUCGAUUGUCAAACGUAAUAAACAAUUUAAAGCGCAAAGUACCGGAAUCUGUUGUAAGCCGUGAUUGCGUUAAAACGAUUGACAACGAAGACCGAAACAGCGUCGAGAGAAAUCUCGAGACACUGGAAAAAUACGUUAUGACUGUACUAAAUGGAGUAAUAAAAGACGCGGAAACGGAGGGCCGCGUUGGCAGUGGAGGCAUCAAUGGAGUGAUUGAAACCGAGGACUCGAGCAGAUUGAAAGCACCUGCUGACUCCAAGGAGCAGGUUAGAAUAAUUGCUGAUGAAAGUGAUGAAAUAAAUUCUGUUGGUCAUGAGCCCAGCGCUGUCGAACCGGCAGUGCCCGAUGGAAAUAAAAUAGCAGAUAAAAAUGAUAUAUCUGGUAGGAAGGAGGAAGAAGAAAAUAAAAUAGAAGAUGUAGGUACUAGUUAUUGCGAGUUUAAGACGAAUAAACUGCCCGAGGGUAGUAGAGACACUGAAGUAUCUGUUAAAACCAAAGAUUCAAAUGUAUCGUCGUCUUCUUCUUCGUCUUCGUCCUCGUUAAAUGUUACUGCAGCUGCUAUAGAGACACUUGAUGUUAUUGAGUCCAGCUCAGAUAACCCAGACGCUGAUACCGCAAUACUGAAAGCAGUAACAUCGAAAGAUAAUGCUGAUCCAGCGGAUCCAAGUGAGCAUCAAACAGGUGUUAAAUUUUUUAGCAAUAAAUGUAACUUUGUAUCGAGUGAGGAUAUUAGGACUAUAUGCCGUGAUUUGUUGAAUGAUUUAUUAAAUGAUAUCGUCCAGUGUGAACAUUCAGUUGAUAAUCAUCCACCACAGUCGGUAGGAUCGCUAGGUUUCCAUUGCAGUUUGCCACUAGAUAAAGUUGCGCCUGUUCUUAAAUUCUGCGAGCCUGAUGGAUAUCCAGCAUCGUUACAAAUAUCUCCAAAGUCUUCUAUACCAUCUUGUAUUCUUACUCCCAGCCCUACUCCCACUCCUACUCCUACUCCUACUCCUUCUUCUUCAGCUUCCCCAAGUUCAACUUCGUCACCUGCGCCAUCAACUUCUCCUAAGUCAACAUCACCAACAGUAAGACAUUUAUGUCUCUACUGUGACCGUAAGUUUCUAUCGAUUUCACUGCGCCAGAGACACACCGAGCGCGUCCAUCAGCUUAAAGGUGUUGGAAGACGCAGCGAGCGAAAUUCACGUAAGAGCAGUCAAAACUGUCAAUACUGUACCGAUAAGUCUAGCAGUUGUGGUCCUGGUGACAACUUAGAGGGACUGUUUCAGCAUAUGAUUACAUGUCACUCAGAUAAAUAUCAUGCUUGCAUUCCAUGCAGUACCAGGUACUCAACAAAGGAAGCACUAAAUGUACACACCAGAGAUUUUCACAGUAAUAGCAGUGGUACCGUAAAUGUCGAAAGAACAACCUCUUCCUCAGAAUUAUUAGACAGAUCAAAAGACAUUGCCACUGUUAAAGAGUCACUCUGCACUCGAGAUUUGCCAGAGCAGCAGACUCACCAGUCAUACGAUGACAAAAGACGUAUUGAAAUAUCUUCUACAACUGCCACCACCACCAUCACCAAUACUACUACUACAACAACCAUUACAACCACUACCACUGCUGCAACUUCAACAAAGUUAAAUAUAUUUCCACGUCUGCUGGCUAAUAAAGACUUGAGUAAUCCAGCGAGUCCCGAGUUCGACAGCUCUUUUUACAGCAGUGUAAGUUGUAAUAUUCGUGAAAAUCUUCUUCAUCAUAUUGAUGGUAAAUUACUGAGUAAUUCUUCAAUUAAUGAGACUAAGCAAUUGCCUCCUCAACUGCCUCAGCCUCCACCAAAUUCUCAGUCUCAUUCUCAAUCUCAAUCUCAGACUCAAUCCCAGUCCCAACAGCAUUACCAAACGUUCCAUGAACCCGUCAGUCAGAUCCAGUUUCCCAUAGACAUUUCUCUGACUGCAGCCACGCCUGUAGACAGCAAAGAAUAUUCACCGAGCGACAAGUGUGAAAAUUCCAUCAGCAAGUAUGCACAGAAACCCGGUAAAACAAGUCGCUCACACCCACGCAGAGUUUCGUUUGAAAAGUACAACUUCCCGAGGAAGUAUGACGGCAAAGAGCAGUGGACUUGUUCGAUAAAAGACCUCAGUAAGUUUGACAUCUAUACCCAACUAACGUUACGUAAAAAGCAGCAGGUAAUCAAGGAAAAAAUUACACAAAACAGACUGUCUAUUCAACAAUCUAGUUCGUUUUCUAUGAGCAUUACCACUGCGAAUGCCAUCGAUCCCAGCCAGACUGAUUUAAAGGAGGAUCCGAUGAUUGAGUCCAGUGAUGCGGAUGCCACGACACGGUUGACAGAAGAUAAAACUGUAUCUAGUGCUGUUAGUAUUGAUGAUAUCGAUACGAUCAUUACUGAUGCAGAUACAGUUAGCAAGGAAUCUGAUAAAAAUUAUCAUUCGAUUCUACAUUCAAAUAAUUUAAAUUCUGUUAGUACUGAAACGAAUACGGGUAAGAAUGCGGAUAAUAAAAAAUCAAGUACUACUGAAUUUACUCAUGAGUUUAGUAAUUUUAUGAAGUUGAAGCGGUGGGAUGAGUGUUCAGCAGAAGCGGUCAAGACCGAUGAAAUAGUAUAUGCAGAGCUUACGGGCGAAUGGUCAAGACCACGAGUUUAUAUAUGCGGCGCUUGCUCUUCGAGAUACUUGACUUUAAAAGAGAUUGAAGAUCACAAACUACUUGCCCAUCCCCAUGUCUGGUGCUCUCAUUUUGAGUUUACUGGCGAUCAACGUGAGCUUUACAAGCAUUUAUUUUUACCUGGGCACAGUUCAUCUUCUGCUGUUGCGACUCCGACGACUGCGACCUCAGCAAAAGCCAAAAAUCUCGCAGUCGAUGACAGAGUUUGCACAAAGUGCUCUAAACUCUGCUCCACACUGUCGGAGCUUCACAGACACAUGCUGGAGUGCGGCGGCGAUCAGGCCUGGUUACUGGGUCUCUUUGGCAAAGGGAAGAAAAAAUGCAAGUGGCGGCCUUUCGGCAGCCGGAGCAGGAGGCGCCGACAACGAGGGAUGAAGAGAAACAUACAGAAUUCACAGACGACGAGGGUCAAUCAGCCGAGGGAGAAACAACCCAGUGGUCCUAGAGUGCGGCCGAGUGAUCAUGAAAGUAUCCAGAAAAUGUUAGCAAAUUUACCACCCAAGAGAUCAACACGUCGAGACGUACAGGAAACAGCACAAAGCAGACCACGAAAAGUCCAGACAAGAUCAAAACUCUCGGCGGACACUUUGAACACGCGUCUAUCCAGCAAAACGGUCUUGCGAAAUAAGCUACUGAAGAAUGCUAAAUUAUUUCAACGCAAGCGGUGUCGCGGUGAUAAUAUAACUGCCGCAAUAGAGAGUGUUAUUAGUAAUUACAAGUCUACAGAUGCUGUAACCAAUAACCUUGAUAAUAAUAAUGAUAAUAAUAAUAAACAACAGUAUGAUAAUGACGGCGAGAGUAGCAACGGUAGAGGCAGCUGCAUUAACGGAUCUAAAGAAUUAAAGGAGACGGAAAAGUUUGAAAGUUCACCCGAGUCUCAACGUCGUACAUCCGCGGCCGUUCAAGUCAACAAGAAUGCGAAAUUAAAUAAUCGAUCUGGAGAAUUUGUUGGACGAGUUAGGGUUGUUAGUAAAAAGAAAAAUGUUAAAAUUAAUUUUAAACGUACAAAUGCAGCUUUUAAAUCAACUGUCGCUUCCUCAAAUAUUACAAAACAACAACAAGUACAGACGGCUAAUCAAACAAACAAGAUUAAAGGUACAUUAAAGAGAUCAACUAUUAAAACUACUACUGCUUCUGCCAACAGUUUAUUGACACAAAAAAAUGAUACUAUUAAAUUACGUAAAAGAAACACGGGAAAUCCAAGUUUAUCGCACGCAUCGAUUAAAGCUAAAUCGCAAUUACGUAGUCAGGAUGGUAAAUUUGCACGUGAUCCUCAACAAAGUACAUCGUUACGUCGGGGAUCCUCGAGUGUUUCAGUGACUUCUGAAACUAGUAAUAGCCCUCGGAUCCAACACAGUGAUUCUAGUUCAUCACUUGUUACGCGAUCACGUGUUAAAACAAUUGUAGGUAACAGUAAUGAGAAGAAAAAUUCUUCUAUAAAUGGGGAAUUGGUAAAAAGAGUCACCAGAGUGUCUUCCGAUGAUAAAAUGCCCAUCUUGGAGGCUGACGGUCUGACGACUGUCAAGGCGACGGAAGCCGCCGAAAAAUUGUCCGAUCUUCCUAUUUUGUCACCAAUCACUUCAACUUCUCGUAACUCCCGAGCUAAAACAUUCAAUUCAAUGUCCAAAAAUAAUAAUGUGGUGCGUAAUAAAAGUAAAAUUAAUAAUAAUAAUAAUAAUAAUAAUAAUAAUAAUAAUAAUAAUAAUAAUAAUAAUAAUAAUAAUAAUAAUAAUAAUAAUUCCGUUAAAUCAACGGGUGCAAGAGGAAGACAAAAACAAAUAGGCGCUAAAAAAAUAAAUAAAAAUGUUGAUAGUUGUCCAGGUAGUAAUAAUAAUAAUAAUAUUAUUAAUAAUAAUAAUAAUAGCAGUAAUAGUAAUAGUAAUAAUCAUGAAAGCAGUAGUGAGAAAGUAGAAUUAACAGUAGAAGAAAAAGACGAAGUGAGUUUGAAACAAGGCCGGGAUCGUAGAGUAAGAAAAGGGAAGUCUCUUUCACCAAGAGUUUCCUCAGCUACUACUGAUGACAAAGAUGAUUCACUUGUAAAGAGACAGGAUAGUUCUUUGGAAGACACCAAGUUUGCUGACGACAACUCGUCUACUAGCGGUGACAUGAAGAAGAACUCCAAGGCCUUGCUCGUUGGUUCCGAUAAAAAAAGCGAAAUAAACAAAGUCGAGUCACGUAAAGCACGACAGGAACGUCGAGCGGGAUCAUUAGAAGAGCUUUCUAAUUUGCAGCAAGUGCCGCUUGAAGUUAAAAAACUACUGGGUCCAACGGACGACCUUUUCAGUCAGAUAGGUAUCACUCCGCCUGUUAAAGUUUUCAGCGGUCGUGGUCGCGGUCGCGGUCGCCGUCGUCGUGGCCUCAAUCGUUUUAAUGUAACUCGGGUUAAUAACAAAAUAAUUACCCGGCAGAAUAAAAUCAGUGAGAUUAAUAAACAAGAGUCCGCUGAAUUAUCUAAUAAAGCGGGUGAUAAAAUUGAUAAGAGUGUUGGUAGAAAAGUUACGCGAAGUGAAAUGAAGAGUAGCAGCGAAGUGAUUGAUAAGAUAAAAGAAAUAAUUCAUUUACCGGAAAAAAUAUCUGCAGCUGAUGUUGAUAAUAAAUCAGCAGAAGUGAUUACAAGUAAUGACGAUAACUCAUUGAAAGUAGGAUCGGUAAUCGGAAGAAGCUUACGACGUAGAAAAUCGUCAAUUGACGUCGACGCUAGUUCAAUUAAAGCAUUAGAGUCUACCGCAACGGCUUUACCGACGACAAUGGUACCAGUGAAGAGCGUUAAUAAUUGCGACAAGGAGACAGACAAUGAGGGUGAAGGAGCAGUACUGGAACAACGAGAACAGGAAAAAAAUAAAGACGCCAAGGAGGAGGCUGAUGCUGCUGCUGCCAGUGCCAGCGCUGCUGAUGAUAGCAAGAACGACGACGACUACGACGAGGACUACGAAGACAAUGAGAGUGAAGAAAAGAAGAAACUUGUGACAGCUGAUUUAGUGAGUUUAAGUUUCGAGCAUCUUCAGCAGGAGUCGAGUAACUCUAACAUUGACAGCGGGAAAGAAAAUUCCUCGGAGACGCCAGUCAACAUAUCAAAGCCCAAAGUAUCGCGGCCUAAAAAGUCACGGGGUUCAAAACGUGAUCGCGUUGUCAAGCGAACGUUAAAUAACGUAAUUGGAAUUCUCACUGAAGGCGUUAAUAUUCCAGUUGAAGUUCAGCAGAGUGUUGUACUUACUGUGCAAACCUCCAUUGACAAUAAUAUUAGUCUGAAUACUGGCAUUAAUAAUAACAACCAUACCAACACCAACACUAACACUAAUUCUAAUUCAAAUUCUAACAGUAGUAAUAACAAUCAUAAUAAUAGCAGUAACAGUGCGCCGGCUGCUCAAAAUAAUCGAACGGAAUUAGGUGAUAAUAAUAAUACUACCGCUGAUAAUGCCAACGCAGUAGUAGUGUCUAAUAGCGCAGCUAAUGAAAAUAUUGUUGACGAUGCCCGUAAUAUGAUUGAGUGUGUUGCUAAUGACGGUAAAGAUGAAACAGCGAGUCAAGAAAUCCAGCGCGAUGUUAAUAGUUCUGAUGAUAAUUCCGAACCGCGGGUCGCUAAUACACAAGUCGAGUUGAGCCGAGCUGAUAAUGCGAUUUGCAAAUCGAGUACUGCAUCCCCAGCAUUAACAGCAGCUCCAGUAUCGACAUCAGUUCCGACACCAGCAACUGCCAACACUGAACCGACUAAUGACAUUAUUUUGGAUCUCUCAAGACGUAAACCCAGAGGCAAAGGUUCGUUUUUAGAAAAAAUAGUAUCGAAAAUAGCCAAGCAAAAAGACGCGUUGCUGGAGGGCGAAGUUGGUUCAUUGCUUGAUCAUGCGGCUGAUGAGCUCAGCAUUAUUUUAGACGAAGUUGGCCCGACUUUUGAACCGACAACCACAAGUACAACAACAAAUACUGACACAAGUACCGUGGUUGUUAAAUUAGCGGGUAAAAAAGAUGAAGCUGAAGGAUGUGGAGGCGGAAUAUCUGAGAGCAGAGAUGAUAAAAGUUUAAUUGAUACGGAAAAUGGUAAUAAAGAAGUUGAGUUUAUGGAAAGGGAGCUAGAGAACAAGAAUAAGGAACAAGAGAUCCCGUUAGUGCUAGAGCAAGAGCUAGAGAAAACCAAGACAGAGGAUACUUUAAUUAUUCGCGAAAGUUUACCUACUCAGGAAUCAUUAAAUACUAAUCUUUUAGAAUCAGUUACAAGUAAUGAUACACAGUGUAAUGAUACUUUUAAGUCAAAUGAUAAAGUGAUAAUUGGUAAUUCCGAGGUAAAUAAAAAAAAGCGGUCGUUAGAAAUUGUCGAGACUAAAAACAAACGCAAGUCUGUUGAAGAAGAUGAAUUAGAGUGCAAUCGUAUCGAGGAGGAUUUGUGCUUAGCUGAUAUUAUGAAGUUGAUAAAUAAUGCUAAGCGCGAAUCAUCCUCGGAGGUUGCUAACGAAUUAAAUGAAGAAAUACGCCCGGGUAAGAGAAAAAAUAUCGACUCGAAAAUAAAGGGUGACGAUAAUGACUACAAAGAGGGUAAAGUUCUGAGUACGGGUGAUAAAAGUGAUGCAAAAACUGAUGUUCUCUAUGCAAAUAAAAAGACUAAGCUCUGUGAUGAAGACAAAGAUGACAAAAUAUUGGGCGAGUUUGAGAAUAUUAAAGCGGGUUGUGAUAUAAAUAAUUUACAAGCUCAGAAGAUAAAAAAGCCCGAUGAUAAAAUAAUUAUUGACAGCGUUAAAGUUUUGAGUGAUUUAGCGGGAAAGCCAAGCCCUAAACGUAAAACUAAAUCCAAAGAAUUUAUUACGAGUGAUAAAUUUAAUUUUAAUGAACAAGUUGCGUCCAAAGAUUCGGUUUCAAAUUUAAAUACCGCGUCGAUUACUGAAAUAACUUCAAUUCCCAUUUCAACUUCAAGUUCUUCUAGUAAUAUUAAUAACUCUGAUAAUGUGGAAAGUUCAAACGAUAUUUCAUUAAGCAUUGAUCAAACUAUUUUAUAUGUUAGCAAAGCGGAAGAGUUUAAAAUAGAUGAGAAGCCAAUAAAAUCAAAAAAGCGACGCGGGAAAAAAAGGUCAUUGGCAAAGGAACAUUUGCAGUUGCCGGAAGAUAAAUCAAUUGGAGAUAUUAAUAACACGGUUACGGAGCUGACGAAAGAGACGGAACCAGUGGAUGAGUCAUUAAAAAUUCCUGACGAUCAGAUUCGGGUUCAGGUUCAGGUUCAGCAAACAAAGACCCGGGGCUCAAAAAAGAAACCACUCAAUGACCAUUCAGCGGAAGAUAAAAUAGUUGCUGCGAAUCUGCGUAAAAAAUCAAAAGAACGACGAGAUGUUUCAUCUGGGGCUGAUAGUAAUCAGAAUGACAGCAAAGAAAAAUUAACUUCUGAACCGCGACCUCGCGGCCGUAGGCCCAAGCGUAAACCCAGUGACGCUGAUGUUACUUUUCAAAUUCCUACACCCAAAGAUACUAAGCAGUCUAAUGACGCUGAUAAUAUAAAUGACACGUUAAUUGAACGACGUAAGACUUUGAAAAGGAAAGCUAAAGAGAAUGUGUUUUUAAUUGAAGAUUUACUCGAUUUUGGUGAUGACUUAGACAGCGACUCGGAGUCCGUUGUUUCUGCUGCUAUCAAAAUUUCUCAGACUAAUGACCAUACUUCUGUGGAAGUGAGUAAAGAAUCCGAUAAAGUGGAAACUAGUGUGGAAAAUAAGUCGACGGAUAAUAUUGAACAAGUUAAAGUUGAUAAAAAAAUAGUGUCUGGGACUGACGAAGCUCUUGAGCUUCAACCACCGGCUGCAGAGGUCGUCGUAGAAGGACCAGUAGCAGUAGCAGAAGCAGAAGCAAAAGUAGGAGCAGUAGCAGCGGAUGAAUCGGGAAAAGAGAACCCAGACAAUCAAAUCGAAGAUAGUUCGAGUUUGAAAAAACGUGCGUCGGGUAAUUUUGCUGUCGUCCAUACUAAAUCUGGGGAAAUUCUUAUCGUUGAGAAGAAGAAAAAAUUCACAAAAGAAGCUGCUAAAUUUUUCUGCCAAAUUUGCACGACUAGUUUCACGCGGAAGAGUUCCCUGAAGAAACAUAGUUUGUCCCAAUCGCAUCUGAUACAACUGAGCAAAAUUGUCGAGAUUGAAGAGGAGAAUGCUAUUAAUCAGCAGCAGAAUCAACAGCAGCAAGAGGAAUCAAUGUCCCAUGAUGACGCCACUGUGUCGUCUAUCGAUCGCUGCGAAACAGUUGCCGGAAAUUCAGAAGCUGACGCUUCACGGGCUUUGACUUCGGCUUCAAUUACGCAGGAGAAAGAUAAAGACGAUACUGAAAAAAUUGAUGGCUCUGCUGAUGACAGAAAUAAAAAAGAUGAUGAGUUUAAAGAAAUUCUGCCUGAGGAACCUCUGAAUGAAGUGGCUAAAAAAGAUUUGCCGCAGAGUAAUACCGAAGAAACUAGUAUUAAAGCUAGUAGUUUAAAUCCUCCGCUGCAAACAUCGGAUCUUGAAGACGAGCUACUUGAUGAAGAAAUUUCUAAAAUAACUGAAAACAUGACUCACGAUGAGUACGUAUUAACAGAUCAAAUAAGUCCGCUACCCGAUGGCACUUCAACGCCAUUGAAACAAACCGCAGACUCACUUUCGGAAGUCCAGCGUAAAAUAAAUCUCGCUGACGAGCAUUUGGAUUUAGACUCACCGCCUUUAGCUGAUAAAGUAAUAACUCAAGUACACUCGAAUAAAGAUAAUGAUGUAAAUGCCUCAUUUAAUAGCGCGAUUAAUAAUUUAGUAGAUAAACGAGAGCAUAAACAGGUAAUUAAUAAUAAAUAUGAUGAUAAUGUUCCAACUAAUUUGCUGCCUUCCCAAAAUAAUACUGAUCAAUUAGUGAUGCUUGAUAAAAUCAAUUUGUUGUCAUCAACGGUGUUGACGUCAUCGCAGUUGCUGACAAGUGAUUCGAAACUGAGCUUAGACUUUUCAAAUAUCACUGAAAAAUUAAAGAGCAAUGAAUUUAUAAAGAAUAAUAAAAAUUCAAGUUUAAUUGAAUUUGAUAGCGACGAAGAUUCAAGGAAAAGUGUAUCACGUGACAUACAAAAAUUAUUGAGCGCCGAGCAAUCAAAUUUAGGUGGAGAGUACGAGGACAAUGAAGGUGAUAAAAAUUUAUCUUGCGAUAUCGAAAAUAAGAGCGAGGACGUGACUAAAAAAAAUAAGAAAGAAAAAGAAAAAGAAAAGGAGAAGGAGAAGGAGAAGGAAAAGGGUUUAAUUGUCGGAAUGAAUAAAAAUUUUGUUGAUGAUAAUGUUAAAGACAACAGCUUUGAUUUGAAUAUUAAAGUGUCCAAGUCACGAGUCAAGAAGAGUCGGGGAAAUAAAAAUAAAAAGUUUACAGAGGGCAGUAAUAACAGCAGCAGUGAUAGCGAGUAUGAUAACGAUAAAAAAGAUACCGCGGGGCAAAAUAAAAGUAAAAUUGUAAAGAGUGUGUUUGGACGGGCGUUGACUGCCGGGGAAAAGGCUGAUAAAGUUAAAGAAGUACUCGAUGACUGGGUGUCAAAAUCAGACAGCGAUUCGCAUGACGACAGGACAAAUAAUUGGCGCAAUUGGAAUAAUGAAAAGAAAAAUAAUAAAGUGGACAAGUCUGAAAAAACAAAAAAUGCGACGCAGAAUAAGAAAAUCGAUCAAUCAGUUGCUGGAUCAUUGGAGGGAAAGUCGUCGUCGUUAAUGUCUGAGCAGAAUGAAUUUACGAAUUCACGAUGUCGACAAAGUAAAAAACGGGCGGAAGAAAGAAUCUCACGAGCAUUCGAAGAAGAAUCAAUACCUUACGAACUGGCGUAUGAAAUCAGUAAGCAAUCAAAUUUAAUUAAAAAUUCAAAAGAUAAAGAAAAAGAUGAAAAUGUUUAUGAUUUUAUUGAAGAAUCAAUAAAGUCGUGUGAUAAAUUAAAUAAUAAGAGUAAAGAUGAGUUUAUAAAUAAAAUAUUAGCAAAUAAUGAUAAAGUUGAUGAUAAAAAUGAUGAGGAAUUAAUGUCGAUUAACAACGAGGAUAAUUGUUUAAAGGAUUUAAAUGACAAAAUAAAUAAAACUGAUGAAUUUUUAUUUAAUGACACAAAUUCAUUGGAAUCAAUUCAUACGCGUGUACCCAGUUGCCCGCGCGAGCGUUCUUCGACGCCAGACAUGGUUUCACUUACGACACGUGACUCGGAAAAUGAUAUCGAAGCUCCCACUGAUAUUGACAAUGAUAAUGAUAACAAUUAUGACAACGACAAUGACAAUAAUGAUGAUGAGAACGAAGAAGAAGAAGAUAUUGUCUGCGGUCGUUUAUCGCCUUCUUAUGCGAGUAAUUUACCUGACAGCUCGCGAGACAGUGCAACUACAAUCAGCAAAGAUAAUAAUGAAGACGAUGACAAUGACAAUGACAAUGACAAUGAGGAUGAUGAAAGUAUAAAAAUAACUAGGCGAUGUUCGAGCGAAUUUUCAGGGGAAAAAAUAAUAAUACGCUCGUCGAAUGAGGAGAGCAGAUCGGGUGUGGUCACUAUUGCCCCGACGGACGCUAUUGAAGACAACGCGUUGGAUGUUCCGCCUCAGGAGACUCAAGAGCUCACUAAAAAAUCAUCACGAGAGGGAAAAGUUUUGAAUUUUGAUGAGGAAUUAUUUGUUGAGUGCUGCUCUAGAUUGAAAGCUACCACUGAAAAUGAAUUGAGAGGAGCGAAAAAAAUUAAAUUGGAUCAUACGGAUAAUUACAGCAAAGAUGAGCAUCAGGAUAACAGAAAUCGUGCGCACUGGAAGGAUGUCGAGAGCCAAAAUAGUCUGGGAAGUCUUCUUGAGUCUGUUAAUCAGUUACUCGGCGAAGAAAUGUACAACCGCGAGAAUGACUAUCAGAAACGUAAUAGAAGUUUGCGAAGCAGCGAGAGACUUAGUCCAGUUUCCGAAGUUCAGACAGACUUUGUACGACCGGAAAAUCUUAGUUAUGAAGACAGCUUGGACGUCGCUUUCGAGCACAACAACAAACUGAGGGACAAAAUACAGCAGCGUAUGCGGGAAAGUGAAAAUUUAAUUGCCACCACAUUUGCUCACAAGAACGAUACGAAUAUCAAUGCUAAUACUCAUCCCAAUAUCAAUACCAAUACUAAUUAUAAUUACAACAAUAACGAUGAUCGUCGUCAUCACCAUCAUCACCACCAUCACCGCAAUCAUCACCACCGGCAUAGUCAUCGCAAAGACAAAAGUUACGAGAAUUCUAAUAAUUCCGAGGCGUUUAUUGCCGUCGAUGAUGGUGAUGGUUAUGACAGAGAUAAAGAGACUAAAUCUGUUACUGGGGAAUCGAUGGCUAUUAAAAAUAAAAUAGAAUCCAAUUUUGAUGGUUUAUUGGAUAAAGCAUUGUCCAAUAUACUUCAUAAUAACGGCAAGCAUGAUCACAAUGGCUCAACUCCGAUGAAUGUAUUGGCAGAAUUAGCGUGCGCGCAAGUACCAACGUCAACAAUAUCAGAAGCUAAAAUAAACCGAGAAAAAUUAUCAAAGAUAAAAAGUUUUUCACCCUCUAAUGAUAACGAUUGGACAAGUUUACAAAGUAAUGAUAAAGCUGAUAAAGAUCAACCAAAGAAACCUCUGAGGAAUCCAAUUAAAGAACUUUUUGAACGUAAAAAUGAACUCAACGACAGAAAACACCACCAUCAUCAUCAUCACCAUCACUAUCACCAGCAGCAGCAGCAAGAAAAAUUUAUCUCACUGAAUUUUCAGAGCGAUUCAUUUGGAUUAAAGCAGCACAAUAAAAAUAAAAAAAUAAAACGUCAAGAUGAUGAGUACCAUCCAUUGAUACGCAAAAGUCCCUUUGGCUUCGGUAUGCAGGAGCGCAAGAAACGACGUGGUGAUAAAAAGCGAAACGAUGUACAGAACAAAGUCAAAGACGUUUACGAGUUCGACGACGAGGAUAGUCAAGCGGAAUCGGGAUUCAAUUCAACGCUCUCGCUCUACAGAAGCAGGAGUGAAAAAGCUUACGAAGUUAAUUGCAUUAAAACAAAAGAAAUUAAUGUAGGAGAUUUGGUGUCUAAGACCAUUACUAAAUCACUGGACGGAGAUAAACCCGCGGACUCGAUGGACAAAAGACUUGAGAGUAUGAUCGAGCGUAAAUUUAAAGAAAUGGAAUCGUCGAUACCCAAAACAAAGGGGGCGUUGAAGUCUUUUAAUCUUGAAGAAAAGCAGCAGCAGCAGCAGCAAUCAAUCACCGGACCCAUGGACAGUUUUGUAGAACGUAAAAGAUCAAAACGUACGGGUGAGUUAACCGCAAAACACAAGUCCAAAAAACGAAGUAAAAAUUCAAAGAAACGGUCGCGCAAUGCCUGGUAUGAGGAUGACAGCUCUGAUGAAUUUGUGACCGCGAUAAAGGCCGAUGGCAUUGGAGUUGGCAUAUCUAAGAGCCAGAGAACGUGCUCUAAAGGCAAGCAGAAUUUGUUCGCCGAACUAUCAAGCUCUUCUGACAGCGAGUACGAGGAUAAAGAUGAGCUUAAAAAUUUGUUCCGAGAUGGAAGACCGUUUGAUGGACCGAUCGGGGAAACGCCGGACGGGAAGAUCUGUCCGAAAGCCGAUGGAGAGUUUAAUAAGUCUAAUGAAGAAGCGGACAUUGAUUGGAUCAACGGCGCUCACUCGCGGGAGGAAAGCAGACACGAGUUCGAUAAUAAAAAGAAUGUUUCCGAGUCUGAUAUGUCUGAUCGACCGUUGAUUAUCGACGAGCGCAAGGAGAGUGAGCAUGAUGACGUUAGUGUCAAUGGUAAUGAUAAUUAUAUUUAUCAGGCCAACAAUGAUAACGAUAAUGACAAUGAUAAUGCUGAGGAUGAUGACGAAACAGACAAUCGUUCAGAACCAGCCUUCGAGUUAGAUGAUUUGUACCGCGAAGACAGCUCCGUUAUUGCUUCAGACUCCGAGGACAGCGGCAACGAUGAUGAUAAAAAUGCCGAGAUCGAAAAAGAUAAUUAUGAUGAUGAUCAUAAUAAAGAAAAGGAUGAAUUUAUUCCAUUAGAUAAAGCCUUGGAUUUAUUAGACAACACUGAUACUGAUAAUGAUGAAUCGAUUCCAUUAGAAAAAGCUCUGGCUUUAUUAGACAGCACUGAUAAUGUUGAAAAAAUAUUUGAUGGAUCUGCUGUCGGAUCUAGAUCUAGAUCUAAGUCCAAAUCGAAAUCGAAAUCUAGAUCAGCGUCACCUCAAGAAAAAAUAAAUUACGAAGAAGUAGAAAGUAAAUUGUCGAUUGCUAAUGAUGAUUGCGAUGACGAUAAUGAUGAUUUGGCGGACGACUUACCAGAAAAACUAACGACUAAUGAAAAGCCAGAGGAAAAACCAUCGGACAAUCUACCGCUCCAUGUUUUUCUGAGCAGGAAAGUUCAAGAAUCAAAGAAGCGCAAAGAAGAGCAAUUGAAAAAAUUAAAAAAACAAGAAGAAGAGGAAGAAGAGCGUGCGGCUCUGACGAUCAAUAUGGAAUUCCAAUCGACGCGUCGACAAAGAAAGUGUGCUAUUGGUAAACAAGGUUUGUUGGCUGAAAUAAGCAGCUCCGACGAGGAAUACUAUUUCAAAGAGACAGGGAAGCGCGGGGCCAAUGAUAAAAUAGAUAACGGGUGCGACAAGUCACGGCGACAGAAGCGCGAGUCCAAGGAGAAAAAGAAGGAGCGGUACAUUGAGAAGAAGCAUGAGCAGAUGAUUGCUAAAGAGCAGAAAGCCAUUGAAGAGGAAAUUUUACGUGAGCUCGAAUUAAAGCGAGACGCCAACAAUAAGGAGCUCGAUGUUGCUAUCGAUAUUGAUGCUGAUGUUGACGCUAAUACUGUUGCCGUUGCUGCUCCUGUUGUUAAUAAGGACACCGGGGGGAAAAAAAAUUUAUCUAAGGACGUUAUCAGUGAGGGCAAUAGCGCCAAGAAGAAGCAUCGAGUGAGCAAGAAGAUUUCUGGUGAUUUUAAAUGUAAUAAAGACAAAGAUAAAUUUAGUAGUGAUACAGAAAAUAAAUGUGAGAAAAGUACUGAGGUUAAGAAAAAUAAAAAUAAUAUUGGCGCUGGUAAAAAGGAAUCACAGUCGCGAAAUUCUUCAAACACAAAUUCUAAUUCUAAUAAUAGUAAUGGUAAUAGCAUUAGCAAUAGUAAUAGUAAUAAUACUAAUAGUAGUGGUAAGAAAUCUGCUGUCAGGACAAAUAGAAAAUCAACCAAUAAGAGAAAUAACAAAAGCACCCAUGAAAAUCCCCGUACCAACGGCAGUGGGACCGACGACGAAGAGCUCAGGACCACUAAGUCCUGGAACAAAGUCGAAGAGGGCGUAGGAGUCGCUAUCGGACGGCGAAAAAGGGCCGCCGCGAACCAACUUUACUACUGGUCGAGUUCCAGCGACGACGACGAGGAAUUCAUCCAGCCCUCGAAGACCGUCGAGGAAGAAGACGACCGUCAGGAACAGCACGGAUGGAUCGUCGGCGACUCUCACAAAAAAAUGAUAACGAUGUUGGCCAUGGAGAAGAAGCUCAAAGAAAAGCGACGCAGGAGCGAGGAUGACUGUAACGGAAAAAGUAAAAAUAAGAAACAUAGAAAUAGUACGUCUUGAUACGUGUUUCACGAUUAGGUUAAUUAUUAGAAUAAUUGAUUUUGAUUUAUUAAUUAACUCGUAAUACUGGUCAGCAUAAUUAUUUAAAUAUGUAGGUUGAUGUUAUCGUUAAUUAAGUUUACAUAAUUAGUUAUUUUUUUGUCCUGUACAGCGAUUACAUAAUAAUAUAAUUAUGAUAAAUUUGAGACUGGUUAUUUAAAAUAUUCAGCAAGUGUAAUUUAACAAUAAACUGCCAGGAAACGCUUAUGAAAAACUUAAAAAAAAUUAUAAGCAAACAAGUGUAUACUCAUGACCGAGAUUUUUUCCUGCUUUGCGUCGUGAUUUUAUUUAAAUAAGUAAUUAUUUAUAUUGUUUCCUCGCGUUUUAAUAUAAGUAUAUACAUAUUAUAUAUAUUGAUAACUAUAAGCUUGAGCUAAAAAAUAACUUUAUAAAUAAUAGAUAAGUAUGAGUGUAUUGAUUAUCGAUAAUUAGUUAUAUUGUUUUAUUGAUAAUUAAAAUUUUUCAUUGGCCACUGAAUUUUUCCACUAAUUAGUAAUAGUAAUUUGAGUUCUUUUAUGGACAAUGCAUUGAUAAAUUUAAAUGGGUCCAAUUAGAAUUUUGUUGUUGGCUUAUUUGUGAUUUAAAAUCAAUCAGAAGUUUAUUUUUUUUUUUUAAAUUUGAAUUUGUGCAGUAAGUUUAUGAAUAAAUUAACGCGGCGUUAAUUGGAUUUUUUUAAAGUAAAAAUUAAUGUUUGAAUGUCGGGUUGCUUUGUAAUGAAAUUUCGUUUGUUUUAGGAUCUCAUUGUAGUAGUUUUUAUAAUUUAUAAGAUAGUAUAGUAAUGAUAAUUAUUAUAAUUGUAAGGUAAUUUGAAUAGAUAAGCUUACGAUUAAUAAUCUCGACGAGAGUCAUAACUUCUUUUGUAAAGUUACAUUUCAAUAAUUUAUUGAAAUUAAAAUUAAAGAACUGCACAUAUAAAUAAAUAUAUAUGGAGAUAAAUAUAUAUAUAUAUAAAUAUAUAUAUAUAUAUAUAUAUAUAUAUAUAUAUAUAUAUAUAUAUAUAUAUA